AGCCGGGGGGAAGCAGAAUACUGCAGAUACUUAGCAGGCCAGGCAGUAUUUGUGGAGAGUGAGAGUGAGAAACUGUUACCCUUUCAGGUCGCUUGCUUUUCAUCACAUUUGCCUCCAAUUCAUUGAGCAGACAUUUAAAGAUUUCCAGCAGUAGCAGUUUUUAUUGCUUUUUAGUCACGUCCCUGGAUUGGAUCAGUUGAACUGCAGUGCACCAAGGGAUGUGUAUUGGAAAAAAACCACAACUGUUACUAAGGAUUUUGAUUGGAGCACCCCAGGCUCGUGCCCAAUCGCAACAACAUGCAAAUCGCACUGGAGGACUCUUUGCCUGCCCGAUAAUAACAGAAGACGAUGAGUGUGAUCAAGUCAGCAUUGAUAAUGAUGUUGACCUGAAGAGAGAGAGCAAAGAAAACCAGUGGCUGGGGGUGACAGUCAAAAGCCAAGGAAUUGGAGGGAAAAUUGUGACGUGCGCUCAUCGCUAUGAGGUGAGGCAGCGCGUGAAUCAGUCAGCAGAAACCCGGGACAUGAUUGGUCGUUGCUACGUGCUGAACCAGGACUUAAGGAUCAAAGACGAGCUGGACGGCGGGGAUUGGAAGUUCUGCGAAGGCCGCACACAGGGUCACCAGCGAUUCGGGUACUGCCAGCAGGGCAUCGCCGCGGGUUUCACACCAGACGACCACUACAUCUUAUUUGGUGCCCCGGGCACAUACAACUGGAAAGGUAAUGUUCGGACAGAACAGCUCAGUCAUUCUUUGGUCCACUUGGGCAUCUAUGACGACGGACCAUACGAAGCGGGUGAUGAAAGAAAGCAGGAAGCUGAGCUGGUUCCUGUACCUGCCAAUAGCUACUUAGGAUUCUCUGUAGAUUCAGGUAAAGGCCUCAUUCGGCAGAACGAGUUGAGCGUUGUCUCUGGAGCACCAAGAGCCAACCACACAGGGGCAGUGGUGAUCCUGAGGAAAGAAGGUGUCAACAGGCUAGCACCUGAACACAUCUUGUGGGGAGAGGAACUCGGCUCAUCAUACGGCUAUGCCAUUGCCACAGUGGACCUCAACAGUGAUGGGUGGAUGGACCUUGUGGUUGGUGCUCCAUACUUUUUUGACCGAAAGGAAGAAAUUGGUGGUGCUGUCUAUGUCUACAUUAACCAGGCCGGCAGGUUGAAUCGAGUGAGCUGUGUCCGUCUGAAUGGGACCAAGGACUCCUUGUUUGGACUGGCUGUGGCUAACAUAGGGGACAUAAAUCAAGAUGGGUUUGGAGACAUUGCUGUUGGGGCCCCGUACGACGGACAUGGCAAGGUCUACAUCUACCAUGGAAACAAGUUUGGGCUGAACACGAUUCCUGCUCAGAUAAUUGAAGGAGAAACCGUCGGAGUGACCAAGUUCGGGUACUCCAUAGAUGGAGGAGUAGACAUCGACGAUAAUUUUUACCCAGAUAUGGUGGUCGGGUCACUCUCUGACUCUGCAGUUCUGUUCAGAGCAUGUCCUGUCAUUGAUGUGACGGAGCAGGUUUACAUCAAACCCCAACAGAUUGACCUGGAGUUAAAGAACUGCAGGCGUGUCUCGGGGAUCUGUAUUGAUGUCAGGGCCUGCUUCCUUUAUAGAUCGAAGCCUGAAACCUACAACCCCAGGAUUGUUCUCGGGUUUACAAUUGAGGCGGAUUCGCUGAAGGUUGAUGGGCAGAGACGGCGGCCUCCCCGUGUGUUCUUUCUGAAAAGGAAGCCCAUUGAUCCGGAGAACCAGUACACCGGGGAGGUGGUCCUGGGAAGGCAGGAGGAGUCUAACUGUAUCAAUGUCACAAUGAAACUGCAGGAGAACAUCAGAGACAAGCUGCGGCCCAUUCCGGUGACGUUGACUUAUGUGAUCAAGGAAGCCAAGCGCAAGAAGAAGCAGGCUGAGAGACAGCUGGCUAAUUUGAUGCCUGUCUUAAAUGCUAACAUCUCAAACACAUUGAGGGAAGAGGUGAAUUUCCUAAGGGAAGGUUGUGGGCCCGAUAAGAUUUGUCAGAGUAAUCUACGGUUGAAUUAUACAUUUGGCACCAGGGACGAUAAUGAUGUUUUCCAUCCAUUGCCUCUAGAUGAACAAAAAAGACAAGUGUUUUCCCUCAGUGACCAGAAGGACAUUGCUUUGGAGAUCAAAGUCACAAACUCACCGUCAGACCCCGGGAACCCAAGUAAAGAUGGAGACGACGCUCAUGAGGCUGUUCUAAUUGCAAGCUUCCCAGACACACUCUCCUACUCUGCCUUCCGAUCAUCUCAGGACAAGAACCUGGUCUGUGUGGCAAAUACCAAUGGCUCUCAGGCUGAAUGUGAGCUGGGAAACCCCAUGAAGCGGGACACUGAGGUCACAUUUUACCUGAUCUUAAGCACUGCCACGAUCACCAUCGAAACCACCACCCUGCCAAUUAUUCUUCAGCUCACAACCAUAAGUGAACAGAGCGACUUGAAUCCUAUCACAGCCGCUGCCCAUGUCAUGAUUGUACUGCCACUCACCCUCUCUGGAUCUGUUACACCUAAUUAUGUCACUUUUGGAGGUGAAAUAGUGGGAGAGAGUGCGAUAAAAGUAGAAGACGCUGUGGGGAGCACUGUUGAUUACGAAUUAGCGGUGCUGAACACAGGAAAACCUCUGAAAGCCUUGAGCUCUGCUUUCCUGAAUAUCCGAUGGCCUCAUGAGAUCAGCAAUGGCAAAUGGCUGCUGUACCCAAUGAAGGUAGAAUUUGACGGUGACGAGAAUACGCAGUGCUCUCCAUUCCACGCUAUCAACCCUCUUAACCUGACAUUUAGCAAUAGAAGCCAAGCUAAACCUCGUGCAGAAUGGCUACAGGGAGACAAUGGAGACCAGCGACAAAUGGUGGCUCACCAAACAGGAACAAAGAAGAGCCUGACCUUGGACUGUGAACAGGGGACUGCUAACUGCGUUGUCUUCCAGUGUCCCCUGCAAACCCUGGACACAACCAGAGUGAAGGUCAAAGCACGACUAUGGAACAGCACUUUUUUGGAGGAGUAUGCAUCACUCAGUGAAAUACAUGUGAUCAUUCGUGCUGACAUUAGUGUGAAGUCAAGCAUUAGAAACCUUAAGGUGGAGAAGGCUGCUGCGCAGGUUACCUUGCCAGUAUAUCCAGAGAAGGCAAGUGCAGCAUAUGGCGAAACACCCUGGUUGAUUAUACUGAUUGCUGUCCUAGCAGGAAUCCUGGUAUUGGCUCUGCUUGUUUUGCUCCUCUGGAAGUGUGGAUUUUUUAAGCGUUCCCGUUACAACGACACCGUCCCUCAGUACCACGCCGUGCGGAUAGGAAAAGAGGAGCGACAGCUACACAUUGAUGAGAAAAAGACACAAUAUCAGAAGGAAUGGAUGACUCACUGGAUUGACAGUGAUGGCUACUCAUGAACCUUAUUUAUUUUUAUAUACUUUAAUAAGCAGCUUAAAACAAUGCCCUCCCCAACCUUACAACUCCCAACAAUCAUGUAUGUUUCUGAUUAUAGCAACUACCAGCUGCACUGAAAAUGAACAAGGUGACACUCUGAGACAGUGAGAGCCACAAACUUGAAUCCUGAACCCAGAGUAGAUGCUUGACUACUCUCUGUUGGUGAUGCUUCCCUGAUCUCAUUGUACAUCACGAUGGUGCUUACCAUUGCUGAAUUAGAAGACUUGGUGUCAUUCAUAUUUGGUUUUUUAUAUAGGUAAUAAGCACCCUCCCCUCUGCCAACCCCCACCUCCUUACCCCAACUAAAUCAUGUCAACAGUUAUCAUGCCAUUGUGGUGCCCUGGUUCAGAUCCCCAACAAAAUAAUCUGCUAUGACUUGGUUUCCAGGUUGAGUGUGAGGGGAAGCGGGGACUUGUCACUUACCACCGGACCCACCUCAGAUGUGACGAAUCAGAUGUAAAACAGGACAUGUUGACUGCCUAUUUAGCACUCAUUCAGAGUAUAUUUGACUGGCUGUAAGAUGUUCUUAGUUGAUGGCUCCCCUGUCAAUUCAUUCCAGGGCAAGAAAAUAGCCUUUUGCUUUCCAAGCUCACUCCAGCUGGUCUGAUGCAGACUGCCUAUGACACAACAAACAAAAUGCCAACGAUGAAGGAAUAUCAUGCUGCUGGGGAUUUGAGGUGAUGACAUCACUUCUUAAGAUCACAUUAUAAUAUGUAAGAAACAGAGAAGGGAACUAUGACAACUUACAUUGAUGAGAUGCUUUGCACAUCCGUGGGACUUCCCAAAACAGCUCCUGGCUAAUUGAACUGCUUUUUAAGUGUGAUUGCUGCUGUAAAGUAAGGAAAUGUGGCAGCCAAUGUUAGCACAGCAAGAUUCCACCAAAAAAUAAGGAAUGAGGUGACUGACAUUGAAUGAAGGUAGACUCUUUGGCUCAUUGGCCCAUGCCAGUGUUUGUGCUCUAACAGGCUUCCCUCCAGCCCAUCAGCAUAAACUCCUAUUCUGACUCUCUGUUCUGUUUGAGCGCGGCUAUCUGCUGGGUCACUGAGAUCAGUGACCAGCACUAAGACCACAACUGAUUUCUCAUCAGGGUUGAACCUACAGAUGCAUGAACAAGAACUUCAGUCUUGUCUUGAAAUGGUCAAGGUAAUCACUUUGGCAGACAUUAGGUACUCAUCCCCUAAUAACUAAGUAGACCGCAAAAAAAUGGUGUCAUUUAGUGAAGUGAAGCUCCAAGUGUGAAGUUUCAUUCAGUGACACCCAGGUCAGAGGCAGAACCACAUGUUGGAGUCUGGCUUCAUGUUAGAAUGGAGAAUUGCAAAAUAACUCCUUCCAAGUCAAAGCAAGUGUCUGUGACUUUCCUUAAGAUUCAAAUUUGACAUCCGGUUAGUUAUCUGCCAGUGUAGUUGUCUGGGCUUCCUUGUGGAGCACUUCAUGGAGAUAAAUAGACAGUCCUGGUGAAGAGAUAAGUACCUUCAGCAAACCCACCCCACCCCCAGACUUUAGUGUUCCCCUCACAAUAUGUUAAACAUGCAGCACACCAGUUUUUUCAAACCGAAUCAAUCAGCCCCCAAACCCUCUCUCCCCUACCUCUUUGUCUUUUUUCUAUUUUCCUCACCUCUUUCUCCCAGGUUCCCCCCUGCUCUUUGUUUAGGGCUUAGGCUGAUUAGAAGUACAUCCCAGGCUGAAUUCUGGGUACAAAACCACAUCCAACUGAUGCAUGACACAUCGAAAUGUCGCUUCAAAAUUGGAACCAAGUUGUAACAAAUAGAAUAAUAAUUGACUACAUUGGUCAAUUAUAUCCUAAUGUCUUAAACCACUGUCCUUGAGUUGUGUAAUUUAUGCUUUACAAUUGAAGUAAUUGUAUCCAUUAUAAGCCAUAACCAGCAAUGUUAUCUUACAGUGCAGUUGUAAAUGAAUAAGGUAAGGUAUUUAGCAAAGAAUUGCCUUAAAAGGACCACUUAAGUCAUCAGAAUUAAUAGCUAGACCUAAAUGCUUUAGAUUUGUCAGGUUUAAUGCCAUAAAACUGCUGCUGCCAGUUUACUCCAGCAGCUGAUUCAGACUGCUAAAUUCAAGUACCUAUUCACUGUUUAACUGUCAGAGAACAUUAGGCACGAAUUCUGCAUUGAAUCUUGCACUAGACAUGGCUCCAUCUCUGUUGGCAGUAGAUACCCUCUGAUGCUGAAUGCCAUGGACAACCAAAUGAUGCUAACUUUAGACUUUCUCAGACAGGGCAGUCCCUCAGCUUGUCCAUUCCAAAUUUUCUGGCACUGAAUAAUUUCAGUGCUUCUAUCCUUGCUAGUUCCUGCCCCACACUAUAAUCAGGUCAAUUCCAAUGCACCAGGACCCUCAACACUUUGUUUUCAGGCAACAGCUGUUAUAAAAUGUAAACCCAAAAUGGCCAUGCACAGGGCUAAACAAACACCCAUAAACACAGACAAAAACACAGCACCAAAGCAGUACCUUGCUGCUUCUUCAAUGAUGCUGGCAUCUCCUGAGUCAGAGCACUAGGCUCACUGUACAGCCAGGAUGUCAGGAAGUCUCAAGUACCUACUACCAGCAAGCUAUGGGACCCAACCUAGGUGUCCUGUCUGGGGACACAAAGCUCUGAUUAACAUUAGUGUAUGGAGAACUGUAACAUUCAGAAGUUAACAGUAGCAGCCAACACACAGAAUUAAUGGUUCAAUAAAGGCCCAGGGCACUCCAUGAUAAUGCAAAAUGAGACAUGUUUUAGGAUUCACUCUGCUUCACAGUGUUUAUUACUGGACUGAUUCUGGGACAAAUCUCACUUUGGGAAUGAGUAAAAUAGAAAAUACUGAGAAUGCACAGCGGAUGUGAGAGAGAAAAGGCAUUGGUGAAGGUUUCAGGUGCCCCUGAAUUACCAUUUUCCCCCCAUUGUCCCCUAAGAUCCACUUUGGUGACCAUGAUCUCACACCUCUAGAGGUGAAACAUGUGUCACAUUCUCUUUUUGUUUCAUAUUUGUUUCUUAGAGCAGUGUAGAGAUUAAGAACUGUGCAAUAGAUGUGCAACUGACGCGAAGCAUUCAUUACUGCAGAGAUAUAAACCAAAAUUGAUGGAAACACUCACUGGGCCAGAGAGCUUCUUUGGAGAGAAAAAGAGAUUUGACCUUUCACGUCAAUGGCCUUUCAUUGAUUUGAAGUGGUGACAUGGUUUCUCUCUCCACAGACGCUGCCUGACCAGCAAAGUGUUUCCAGCAUUUUUGGUUUAUGUUUCAGAUUUCCAGCAUCUGCAGUGUUUUGCUUUUAGAUGCCCUCAACCAGCCCUAGUGGAUGGUGCUUCUCAAAGGGAGCCAGGGCCUGUGGGCAGAGGCUUCAAGUCAAGGAAGUGUCAACAACCUGUAUUGUCCUUAAACCUUGAAAAUAUCUUUGGAUGGGCUGUGUAGAUGGAUAACCAUGCCCCCACCACCACUAAUUGUGAAUGGAUAAAGUGCAAAUGCAGCCUAGAAACAUUUGAGGGUCACUCUCCCAUUAAGCAGAAUCAAUCUGGUCUUAAUUAGGCAUCAAACUCAAACACUCCUCUGUGGUAAUCAGAAACAUACCAAUAUGGCUCCUGUUUUUGAUUUCUUUUAUUGUCUGAAUGAAUCUGUGGACUUGAAUGUCUUGGCACAUUCAGUAUGUUUUGGAGACUUAUUCACGAAACAGACCAGCAAACAGGACCAGACUACAGGUUUUCCACCUUUAAUUUGGCAGUUUCUUUUCCAAAGUAUCUUCCAUGUUCCGGAAUUUGCCUCUGGUGUUUCCCCCCUUUCUGCUGAGAACGUUAAUUCUGUGGGUAUGUACUCCAGUUCUACCUCUCCAUUGGCCGGAAGUGCUCUGGCUGAUUAUUCUGGGAGAUGAGCACUAAAGGGGAACUAUCAGUGGUCCAGGGUGUUUAUGAGUAGGUCACCAGCUUAUUUCAAGAUUCUCUGCUCCCCAGGCCAUGAUGUGUCUCCCGCAACAGUCUCUUUUGCUGUUUCUCUGCAGGAGUUUUCAAAGGUGGGUCCUGAUGCGGAAACCCUGAGGUAGAAUUGGUCUUCAACGUUUGUAUAAAAACAGGUGUGCUGUCACCCUCCACUCCAUUAUUUACUUCCUUUGCCUUUGAAAUAGCAAAAAUCAAGCAGUUCCACCCAACUCAAAUUUCACCCCAUUUUACCUUGGCCCAGACAACCUUGGGUUCAAUCUCAGCCUGAGGGUUAUGGAAUUGGUUAUAAUCCACAGGGUUGGGUGAUGGCGGGGAUGGGGAGAAUACUGAGGGUGAGGGGAAAAUUGGAGGGGCUUCCGUCUCCUGUUGUUCUGGCGCCAACCGUUCAGAGGCCCGUGACCACAGAGUGCCUCGUAGCUUCAUGACUUUAUUCUGAACUGGCUGACAUCGUGUUUGACUGGUCCUGUUGACCUGUAGGGCUGUAUCAUGAGUACAGACACUGAAUUACCAUCUACUGAAUCUUUAAAGAAAGUCUUUAUUGUGCAGCAACAAUUAUUAGUGACCUGAAGUGACUUCAACACAGUUUAAUGUAUGGUACUGUACAGUGUUAAAUCAAUUGUGUGCAUUAGUAGCAAGGUGUGCAUUAUCAGAGAUCAUGCAAGAGUGAAGUCUUGCUUGAUUCAGAUUGGUGUGCAAUGUUUCCCAGUUUAUGAAUGCGACUAAUCAGUGUGAUUGUAUCAGAGGACAGUGGAAACACUCCUUUUCAGCAAAGCUUUAAUCUUUGUUUCAUGGUUAAGAGCUUCACACUUGUGUACAGUACUUUAUGAGGAACCCGCAUUCUGCUGUCUUACCUUUUAGCUCUACCCACACAAUGUAUUGUUCCAAUGGCAAAGACAGGUGACUAAACCUUUAGGCUAGUGCCAAUCUAAAGUGCCCAAAUGCUUAGUUUAGUCUGGGCAUUGCUGAAACAUGAAAUGGACACCAUGUUUAAUUUAAGACCAAUCCCAAUUGUUAAUUGUCUGCCAUAAAUUACCCUGAGAAUCUGGGAAGAGUUGAUGGGAAUGGAGGGAGAAUAGGUUACGGGGAAAAUUAGCAGAUCAGAUUGCACUGUGAGUCGGCAUCAACUUAAUGGGCUGAAAUGAACUCUGAUGAUGUAAGGAAAGAUGGAAUAUGGAACAGAAUAGGAAAAAUUCUCCUUCCCUUUUCCCUCAGCAAGCCCGUUCAGGUCAGCCAAGAUUUUAUUGAAUGGCAGAGCAGGCUUGAGGGGCCAAGUGGCCCACUCCUGCUCCUAAUGCUUACGUUCCCCGUCUUGUCUCGUCUGCUUUUAAAUGCAACAGGAAAGAGAAACUUUGGAUGAACCUCGGCUGGAGAUUCUAUCUGCACAGAGGGUUGAGGAGAUAGAUUUCUAGGUGCUGUAAUUAGUUCAAGGUUUCUCCUCCAGCCUUCCCUCUGCUCACUCUCAAGUUCUGGUUAGAAUCUGCAUGCUCGGCCAGUUAUAGUCAUUUAGCAGAACAAGUGCCACAUUGUUUAGUCUCUUUAAGUGUUAAUCCACUGGUAGACGGGGACAACUCAGCUAAUGUCAAGUUCAAACUGCCCUUGGCAAGGAAUACUUGCUGUCUAUUGCCAUGGGAUCCAAGACAGGGUGGGGCUUAAAGAAAAAUGAAGAAAAUCUGCACACACACUCAGUCAGUGGUAAGAGAUGUAGGGGCAAGUGUUUGGUGGGAUGCUUGUUUCAGGACCGCUUUUAGUGUAGUGCCAAACCAGCAGUGGAUGCAUCAGCCCUCCCCAAGCCCCUCUACCGCUCCCCCAUCUUGUUAUUUCACUUUGGAGCUGACUGAUCUUUUCCAAUGCCUUAAAUCAGAUCAAAGAAACCUCCUCCCAAAGCUUUCUGGGAUCUUCAUGAGCCACUUGUCUGCCAAGGAAUCAAAUAUUUGACAAACAGAUUGGCAACAGUAUUUGGUGGCCAGGCAGUGUGUCUAUAGAGCAGAGUGGCUUUGUUCAAACAGGCAAAAGGGGCAUUAUCAGCGUUGGAGCACUGUUUUGACACAGUUUUGUUCUGUCCAAUCCUGGAGACCUAGAAAAACUAAAAAGAUUUUAGUUGUUGGUAUUACUGCAGUCAAAUGUUCUGUUCCAGCUUCUCUCAACCUUCCCAUCGCCCUCUGAAGGAUUUGAAUCAAAAGGUGCACUGUCAAUAAAUCAUUAAAGGAUAUUUGUAGAAUCUAGAGGUAAAAUUCUCACUUGAAUGCCAUUUAAUUAUUUCACCAAGACUGGCUUUGCCACACUUAUUGGAGCUAACAGUUAGAGAUCCUAACCAAUUAGCUGGAACCAGCAUUUCUGAUUAAUGAGUGAGCUUAUCUUACCCAUAUGCACACAUGUGAAUUAUUCAGGGUGCAUCAUCUUUUAUUAUUUUUAGCAUUUAAGGGAAAAUUCACUAAUCCCACGCUGCUACUAAGGAAGGGAUACAGUCAGAAGUUUGGUCCCAUAGAUGUCUGAAAUCCAAUGUGUGCUCUGUUUGAGUAUAGCUCCCUGUAGGAAAUGUGUGUGGUCAAGUACCUAAUAAUGCCAAAAUUCUUCAAAUCAUUGGAAGUUAUUUCUGCACUCUGGCCUUCCAACCCUGCCCCUUCUUCUCAGGCCUUCAGAAGUGUCCUGGUGGUCCAGCAGGUUCAUUGCUGGACUGGUCCCUUUGUCUCUGGGUGGCCACAGCACCCAACAGGAACAGAUGCUCAUGGAGGCCAGUUUAGACCAAACCACUGAAGAAGCAAAGGUGAAGGAUCAGCUUCCACUAUGCUGAUCACCAGACAGGCCAAACAGCAUUGGCGACAAGUUGAGGUAAAUCAGGAAGUAGUAGUUGGUUGAUCUCAAACUUGGAAUUUUACAGCCCAUAAGAACAGAUGAUUGACAGGUAGGUAUCGCUGCAAUCAGGUCCCAGGUCCGAGCUGGCAUGAUAAAACUUUAACCUUCACAGAAUGAGGUGAAUAAGGCAAGUAAGUUAGAAACAAUCCCACUGAACAACAUCAAGCCAUGUAACUCAUGAGUACAAGCCUAAAGGAAAGAAGUUUUGUGCUCCUUAUAUCACAAACUGGUUAACAUGGACACUAAAUCACUGGUCACAAAUUAUUCCCUUAUUGCAUUUCCUUGACAAAUUAGUUAACAGCAAAUGUCUGUAACUGUUCUGCCCUAUAUUUUUGUGCCUUACCUGCUUUCAAUGCUCCCUUUUGGUGUACACUUUGCAUCUAAUGUGUUUAAAUAUAGAUAUUCUUCCUCUAAUUGUUGAUGUUCAUUACACUUUAUUGUGCCUAGUGAUUGACCAGUUCCUGCCUUUAACCUGAUUUCUUCGUUAGACUCUGUAUCUACAGUAGAGUUAGGAGAGGUAAAAUGAUUGAUCCUGUGUAGACUUAGACACACCAAUCCAAUGUCACUGCUGUUUGAUCAUCUGUCCUGGAGAUUUGCUAAGAAUGCCAUAUCCUGAACAAUGUCACCAGACUCUCACUCCCCAUACUCUUAUCUUUUCAAUGGCCUGGCCUUUACAAAUAGGCCAUUAGUGCAAUUUGGUGCUGUCUCUUCUCAAAUUGGUGUGCUUCAAAUCAGAGAUUACUCUGUGAGGAGCUAAUUUCAACCAUACGCCAACUGAUUCCCAAGAAAAGAUUGGAAAGAGACGAGGGAGGGGCAAAAUAAAUCUCAGUGCAUUUCAUCAAAAUAUCCAUGCAUAAAUGAUUAUUGAUCUCCUCUCACCUCCCACAGUGAGUGUGUGAACAUGGUCAAGGCAGGCAGCAGGGGAAUAAAUAAUGGCACACACACUGAUUGUGUGUCUGCACUGGUCAAUCACUAGUCAUGACCUUUCACCUAAAUGUUUUGACGUCAAGUGAUAAUGCACCCAUGUCUAAAUACAGCUGUUGAAUAUUAAUAUAGCUCAGAUAAUCAAAGUGCUCCAUUUUUAAAAAAAAAUGUGGUUGUAUAUAAAUCUAUAUUUGAGUGUGGUUGCAUUGUACAUUUUGUUAACAAAUUUCAUUUCUUUAUUGAAUGUUUGUCAAGCAGUUUACUUAUUUAAUGUUCAAUUCUCAGAAGUAAUUAAAAAAUUUGGAAAUGUUCAA